AUGUCCCCAGCCCAGGAUUUCCAAACGCCCAUUCAGCAUUUUGUCAAUGCCCAGAGCACAUUCCAAAUACCGCAGAUCGGGGAGUCAAACGCCUACCUCGGUGAUAUUUGCGGCACACAAUCGGACGGAGAGAAUUUAUCUUGUGGCUUCUUCCGCAUGACGCGCGGUGAAUCACUUACUGGCAAAUACCCGUACAAUGAGACGUUGAUCAUUCUCGAUGGGACCUUUGAACUGGUCGACGGCACUGGAAACAAGUCGUCUGCUAAGAAGGGCGAUGUAUACUUUUUCCCAGAAAGCAGUAUGGUGACAUUUAGCACAUCUGAUGAAGGAAUGGCUUUCUACGCUGUCCAGCGAAAGAGGAAGUGA